GGUUGUUUCAGUAUUUCAGUGUGGAUCCCCAGAGUUCCGUUCCAAUCAGUACCGCUCCCCGAAGCUAGAGCUAGUCCAAAGUGCAGGCCACAAGCAGUUGCAGCAGACUAUAGAUCAGUCCGGACCUAAACAGGAUGGGUUUCGUCUUCGGUUGGUUGCCAACCGAGCACUAUGUGCGCGACAUCUUUCUCCUGACACUCUCGGCGGCCAUUGCGGCCACCCUGAUGAGCAUUCGCUUCUACUUGCGCAUUACGGCGGGACGUUGUUUCACCGAGACAAAAAUGGAGGGCAAAACCGUUAUCAUCACUGGCGCCAACAGCGGCAUUGGCAAGGAGACCGCCAAGGAUCUGGCUGGUCGCGGAGCACGCAUCAUUAUGGCCUGCAGGAACCUGGAGACGGCAAAUGCAGUCAAGGAUGAAAUCGUCAAGGAGACGAACAACAACAAGAUUGUGGUCAAGAAGCUGGAUCUGGGCUCCCAAAAGUCGGUGCGCGAGUUUGCCGCCGACAUCGUGAAGACGGAGUCCAAGAUAGACGUGCUCAUCCACAACGCCGGCAUGGCUCUGGCCUUCCGCGGCCAGACCAGCGAGGACGGCGUAGAGCUGACCAUGGCCACCAAUCAUUACGGACCCUUCCUGCUGACCCACCUCCUCAUCGAUUUGCUGAAGAGGAGCGCCCCAGCUCGCAUUGUCAUUGUGGCCUCGGAGCUGUACCGCCUGUCGUCGGUCAAUCUCAACAAGCUUAACCCCGUGGGCAGCUUCCCGGCCGCCUACCUCUACUACGUUUCCAAGUUCGCCAACAUCUACUUUGCCCGCGAGCUGGCCAAGCGCCUGGAGGGCACCAGGGUGACCGUGAACUUCUUGCAUCCGGGCAUGAUCGACUCGGGCAUCUGGCGCAACGUGCCGUUCCCCCUUAACCUGCCAAUGAUGGCCAUCACGAAGGGCUUUUUCAAGACCACCAAGGCUGGUGCCCAGACCACCAUCUACUUGGCCACGUCCGAUGAGGUGGCUAACGUUAACGGCAAGUACUUCAUGGACUGCAAGGAGGCCACCCUCAAUGCCGCAGCCCUCGACGAGGAGAAGGGCCGCAAGAUCUGGGAGGAGUCCCUCAAGAUCGCCAAGAUAACGCCCCAGGAUCCCAAGAUCUAAGCUGGCAUGGGCUCCAGCACCUACGUCUGCUAAUGCAUAGCAAUAGAUUCUUUCCACGUAUGCCCAUUAAACUGAUUUGAUUUUUUGUAAUUAAGGGGGAGUUCAAUGUAGCCUAAGUUUUUCAUUUAAAAAAAUAAAGUUCUGUAUAAAUAUUCAA